UCAUUCAUAUUUCUGAUUUUUGUUGAAAAAGUGGAUGCAUAAUCCCACCUAACCCAAAACCUGCAAUCGGAUAUUCCAAGGCGCCAAGCCACAAACCGUUGGCAUAAUCGCCACGUAAUUCUUCUCUUCUUUUCCUCCUCCUGCAACUUCAAUCCCCAAAUUCUCCGAUCCAAUGUCAACAACAUUUCAAACCCUAGUUCCUCCUCCUCAUUCACUCACUCGCAUCUCCUUCAAAUCAACCUCCACCCCAAUUCACCCGCAUUUCAAAACCCUAACCACACGUCUCCUAAUCCCCCUCUCAAAUCACCCCCACCGUCUUUCUUCAAUUCAAUCCAUCAAUUCAGAUGCACUGCUUGACAAACAAUACAUUCUUUCCGAUGAUAAUUUCAAUUUAGAUGAUUUUCUUUCUCUAGCUGAAUUCUCUUGUCUAGCUUCCUCCGCUGUGCUUUCCAUCGGGUUCGUUAUCGGUUCCACAUCUCAGAAACCGGUUCUCGAGUGGUUUGGGAACCGGGUUACGGUGUGGCAGCCGGUGUUAUUGGUGGUGGGAAUUGUGAUUGGUGUUGUGAUUAGGAGGAGACAGUGGAGGAGAGUUUGUUUAGGGUUUGGGAAGUCAGGUUCUUCUGGGGUUAAUUUGGUUGAGAGGAUUGAGAAAGUGGAGGAGGAUGUUCGGAAUUCGGCUACGAUUAUUCGGGUCUUGUCGAGGCAGCUUGAGAAGCUGGGGAUACGGUUUAGGGUCACUCGGAAGUCGAUGAAGGAGCCUAUUGCUCAGACCGCAGAAUUGGCAAAGAAAAAUUCAGAGGCCACUCGGGCACUAGCCAUGCAAGAAGACAAUCUGGAGAAAGAACUUGCUGAAAUUCAGAAGGUUCUUUUGGCUAUGCAGGAUCAACAACAAAAGCAACUUGAGCUCAUCCUUGCCAUAGCCAAAAGUGGAAAACUGUUGGACAACAAACCGGUACCCAGUCAAGAUCGGAUGAAAAGUCAAACUAGUAACAUAGCUGCAGGAGUAAGCAAUUCAGAUGGAACCCGAUGAAACUCAAACUCUUGCUUUUCAACUUGAAGCCAUGUAUUACACUUUUGUCGCUUAAAGACCAAAUGGGGAUGCUUGAUUUGUAUAUUCUGACCGAUUUUGGAGUUGAUCAUGGAUCCUGCCUUAAGUUUUAAGGGUACUACCAUAACCCAGAGAAAGUAAGAGAAGGAUAUGACCUUUUUUCCCUUUCCCUUUUGUUAAAGAGGUACAAUUUUUAAACAUGUUAAUACUUUUGUCAUGGAUAUUUAGCACAAGAACUGUCUGAGAUGCAUCUCAGUGAGUUGUUAGUUGUAGCACUUUUUGUUGGAUUAUGACCAAUUCGAAUGCUUAAUAUUGCUUGAAUGAUACUGCGAUCAUAUUCGUCUUUAA